UUUAUAGAAAAUUGGGAUAACUUUGGGGCUACUCAUUGUGAGUUGUGCGGUGAAAAUCUGCCGAACUCCUCAAGUGCCAAUGACAACGUCGUAUUGGAAAGUCUUUUGUGUUGUGUUAUGACGCUGUGAAAUAAUAAAUUAGUAAAUCAAUUGCAUAGCUAUUAUUAGCACAUUGAAUGCGUCCCAGGUGCAUUUGACAGUUAAUGUGUAGCAUAGCGCCCGACACAUAAUUAUGUUUCGCAGUCGAAGCUGGUUCGGCGGCCCUUGGGGUGGACGCCCCAAAAAUCGUCUGUCGUUGGAGCACCUGAAGUACCUGUAUAGCAUUUUGGAGAAGAACACCACAGUAUCGGAAAGCAAUCGUGGGCUGCUGGUAGAAUCACUGCGCUGCAUUGCCGAGAUACUCAUCUGGGGCGACCAACAUGAUUCGCUGGUCUUUGAUUUCUUCUUGGAGAAGAAUAUGCUUUCGUAUUUCCUGCACAUUAUGCGUCAGAAGAGCGGCGGUUCCAGUUUUGUUUGCGUUCAGCUGCUGCAGACUCUUAACAUACUCUUCGAGAACAUACGCAAUGAGACUUCCUUGUAUUACUUGCUGAGCAAUAACCAUGUCAACUCCAUUAUGGUGCACAAGUUCGAUUUCUCAGACGAGGAUGUUAUGGGCUAUUACAUACUCUUCCUGAAGACAUUGAGUCUUAAGCUGAACACACACACUAUACACUUUUUCUACAAUGAGCACACGAAUGACUUUCCACUCUACACGGAGGCAAUAAAAUUCUUCAAUCAUCCGGAGUCCAUGGUGCGUAUUGCGGUGCGCACAAUAUCCUUAAACGUCUACAAGGUGCAAAAUGAUAGCAUGUUGCGUUUUAUUCGCGAUAAAACUGCUGCGCCGUAUUUCAGCAACUUGGUCUGGUUCAUUGGCAAACACAUCCUGGAGCUGGACACCUGUGUGCGCACAGAUAUCGAUCACCAGUCGAAUCAAAAGCUAUCAAAUUUGGUGGCCGAACAUCUCGAUCAUUUGCAUUACUUGAGUGAUAUAUUGCUGUUGGACAUCAAGGAUCUGAAUGCUGUGCUCACCGAACAUCUACUGCAUAAGCUUUUUGUACCUUUGUAUAUAUUUUCGCUGACACCAGCGCCUCCUCCUCCCUCCCUCGCCGUCGUCACACAGAAUUUAGCUGCUGUGUUGAAUCGCAAUGUGGAUAUUGAUAUCCAGGAGAUGCACAAUCCACGAGUGAGUUCUAUUGUCGCACUCUACCUUCUAUCGCUAGUUUUUCUGGUCGUAACACAUGCGCCGCUGGUUCAUGCUUUGGCCUGGGUGAUACUCAAUGGAGAUCACAGCGUUUUCAAGGAGGGUGCGGCCGAGAUACUCAACUCGUAUGUCGAGCAUCGCGAGGUGGUUGUGCCUGGCUUUGGGGAGCCACAUGAGAGUCUUGAACAGGCGCUGGACACGGUGAUUGGCCACACGCAAAGCACAAGCGCAAGUUCUGGUACUGAUGCGGUUAGCGAAGAUAGCGGCGUUGAAUCAACGCCAGCCAUAUCAGCAUCGCCGAUCAACAGGCACAUUGAAACCGUUGCUGAGGCAGCAGCCACAAGACUGCGCAACAUUACCGACGAGGAGAAGCAGCGACUUCAGCAGACGACCUCAACAACAGCGCAGCAGGGCUACGCAGAGUUGGCCAAACCGUUUCUAGACACUGUGCUCCAAGCGCUCGAUUGCACAGAGAAUGAUUAUUUGGCGUUGUUAUCGCUGUGCCUCAUCUAUGCCAUGUCGCACAAUCGAGGCAUGAAGAACGAGUGGUUCGAGCAAGUACUGUCCAAGUCGAUGCAUGGCUCGUUUAGCUAUCGCACAGCGCUCAUUGAGCAUCUUCUCAAUAUCAUUACGAUGUCGAGUCAACCAGCUUGUCGCAUUCGUUUGAUCACUGUGGAGAUUGCUUUGGAGCUGCUGCUCACUUUUACAAAAUCUGCGGCGGAUGAGGCGCCCUGCAUAACGUCUACACAGCAAGGAUUACUCUUUGGAGCACGCAAUCAGUCGAUGGUUGUACUGCGCAACUUUUACAAGUCGGAAGAUAUAUUUCUUGAUCUGUUUGAGGACGAAUAUAACGAGAUGCACAAAGCGCAGCUCAACGUUGAGUUUCUCUGCAUGGACUCGACCAUUUUGCUGCCGCCCACAGGGACGCCGUUGACGGGCAUCGGAUUCACGCGUCGUUUGCCGUGUGGCGAGGUGGAGAAGGCGCGUCGCGCCAUUCGCGUAUAUUUCCUGUUGCGGCGCACAUGCCAAAAGUUCUUGAACGAAAAAGAGUCGCUACUGCCGCUGACGAAUGUUGUGAAUCUGGUGCAGGUGGACAAUGUCCUCGAUCUGAAUAAUAGCGACCUAAUUGCUUGCACUGUGGUGUCAAAGGACAAUGCAAAGCAGCGACGCUUUCUGGUCAUCGAUGCGCUCCAGCUGAUACUGGUGGAGCCCGAUGCCAAGCUGCUGGGUUGGGGCGUUGCCAAGUUCGUUGGUUUCCUGCAGGACGUAGAAGUGCAGGGCGAUAAAGACGAUUCACGUUGCCUGCACAUCACUGUACAUCGUGGCGGUGUCACACACAAUCGCACGCCUUUGCUCUCGGCCAAAUUUCUGUUUGAUGAUCACAUACGCUGCAUGGCAGCCAAGCAGCGGCUGACAAAGGGACGCAGCAAGGCGCGACAAAAGAAAAUGUAUCAAAUAGCCCAGUUAAUAGAAAUUCCCGGCCAAAUGGAUUCCCCUUUAUAUCCAGUUGGUGGCACAAGCUCACACAGUGGCGGCAACACGCGGCUCGUGCAGAGGGGAGGCUUGACGGCAAAUCGCGUGCCAGGAUUUGCUGCUGUGUUGCGUAGCAAUAAUAGCGCUGGUGUAAGCCGCACCCAGAUGGCACAGAAUCGAUCCUUAGAGGGCCUACGCAACGAGGGAGGAGGACGCUCAAGACGUCGUAGUCCCAUAACUGGAGCCAGUUCCCCAUCAAGUCUACGCCCAGACAACUUGGAUCGCGAUCGUUCGCCAAGCAUGAGUGGCGGCAGUCACAGCUCUUCGCAGUCGCGUGAGAAUUCACAGGCGCGCAGUUCCGGCAAUCGAUCCCGCGAGGGCAGCCCAAGAAUGCCAAGACCACGCUCGGAGGAAAUUCCGCUGGAAGAUUUUCAGCAUUCGCGCAACAACAGUCCGCAUUCACGCAGCAGCGUUUUAGGCAAUCCUUCGCCUUCCUCCCGUUCGCAUACGCCCUCUCGCAUGCUGCACUACGAUCAGAUAUCAGUGCACAGCGCCUCACCGCGUGAACCCUCAUUGCUGAUUGGCGGCACGAAUGCUUUAUUGAGCCCCUUGAAUGGAGGCGUAGCUAUUGCCAGAGAAGUGCUGCCAGUGCAAAGUUCCGAGGAGACUUCGUUUAUAGGCAAUGAUGGUGAUGGAUCUACGGAUAAUAGACGAAAAGGCAGGGGCACAAUUGAAACUGUUUAAAUUAUAAUUAACUGAACUUAGUAUUGCGAUGACGUUGUAACUAUAUGUGCAUAAUUUUAAAGUUUAAUUGUCGCUAAAAUUGUGUUAUUCCAACUAAUGUUACUUUUAGUUUUCAUUUAGCAAUAAACGUUGAUUUGACGAAUUUAA